CCUUCCGGUCUAACAACUGCUCUACUUUCGAGGAAACUAGGAAAGGCGACCUCAUCUGGUGUUGUGUGGUGGCGUUUUUUGUGCAUCCGCGUUGCGGCAGAGCAUGCCUUGUAUUUACCCGAGUCUGGAGGUGCUGGCGGUGGUGCACGAAAUGUUGCGUGGUGCAGUCUAGAAGUAAGGCUUGUUAGCUACAUUCUGAUUCAUCUUGAGCAACAUGUUCAGACCUUGACUCAAUUUAAUAUUUUCAAGGGGGAAACUAUAAUAACUAACACGUCACACUUUCCUUCAAGAGUAGCCUUUCAUCGUCAAGGAAGAUGAAUAUUUAUAAGUACUUGUGUAGAAUGAAUCUAAUAGAAAGUGAAGAAGAAUGGUGGCGAGAUCGCUUCUUUCGGCUUUUUGCGCAACGGCAUAGAUUU